AUGUCUUUUAUUCAGUACGUGGACGAAUUAAACGAAUUGAACAAGCAGAUCAGGACCAAGAGUCCGGUCGAUGUUAUCCAAUUCUGUGCCAACUACUUCAACAAUCGUUUGGAGGAACAAAGAAAGGCUCUUUGGGAGCAAAAAUCCAAGGCUGAGGCAGCAGGAAUUAAUCUGUUUCCAUCUGGAACUCAAAUAAAGGAGCUGCAAGAAAACCGGACCGUUCCAAGUUUCAAGACCCCUUUCAGCGAUAACGAUCCCCACUCAGCAGCUGAUCAUGGGGCUCCCGCCAAAUUGACCACCGAUGCUGCCGGACUCUUCAGGGGCGUUUCCGGAGAAGGAUCCAAUCCCUUUGGUGCGUCAGCACCUGUCGACCCCAGCGACCCUGGCGCAAAGAGAAGCACGCCUCAGUCCACCGUUCCAGGUGCUGGGUUUGCCGCCACCAUAGCCAAGCUUCCAACAACCUUCAAUGCAAACAGACGGACUUCGGUCAGUGCAGAAGCCAUGAAUCCGGACACUUUCAGCGGUGAUAACUGGAAGCCCCCGGUGCAUAACUUUUCGCCGGAGCAGCUCGAGAGACUCAAUGCGAGCGUAGCCAAAAACUUUUUGUUCAGCCAGCUAGACGAGGAGUCUUUGAGGACGGUCAUAUUUGCAUUAGAGGAAAAGAAGGCUGCCCAGGGGACCAAUAUCAUCUUACAGGGAGAUGAAGGAGACUUUUUCUAUGUCGUUGAGAGGGGAACGGUUGAUUUUUACGUUAAUGGGGCUAAGGUGAACUCGUCUGGUGCCGGUUCCAGUUUUGGUGAGUUGGCUUUGAUGUACAACUCUCCAAGAGCUGCGACUGCUGUUGCCGAGACAGACUGUAUCUUGUGGGCGUUGGACAGAAUGACAUUCAGACGUAUACUAUUGGAGGGCACUGCCAAGAAGAGAUCCAUGUACGAGGGAUUCUUGAAGGAGGUUCCUGUUUUGAGUGCUUUAUCGUCGUAUGAGAGGAACAAGCUGGCAGAUGCCUUAGGAACAGAGUCUUACGCUAUUGGCGAGAACGUUGUCACUGAAGGUGAGGCUGGAGAAAACUUCUAUUUCAUCGAGGCAGGUACAGCUGAGAUCAUAAAAGAGGAUGAAGGAGUGAUUGGUACGCUUCAAAAGGGAGAUUAUUUCGGUGAGCUGGCUCUUUUGCACGAUUCUCCCAGACAGGCUACGGUCACGGCAACCAGUCCACUGAAGGUUGUGACGUUAGGAAAGAGUGGGUUCCAGAGAUUGCUAGGACCAGCAGUGGAGAUAUUGAAGCGUCAAGACCCUACCAAGCAUUAA